ACGUAUUCCUUAUUAUGUGUUCAAUUACAAGGAUGCUUACACUUCUAUUUGUUAUCGCGGCCGGUGUAGUGUGCACCUUCGCGGGCGACCGCUACCACCCCGAGCAGUACACGGAGCCGCGCACGGAGCCGGCCGGACGACUCUUACGCUCCUCGGAGACUACCACGCAAUUCUGGGUGGAGGACGCGCAGGCGGCGCUUCGACAGCGGCACACAGACGGAUUACGACACCGGUCAGGACACGCGCGGAACGUGGUCAUGUUCCUCGGCGACGGUAUGUCAGUGCCCACGCUGACCGCCGCGCGGGUGCUACUCGGCCAACGGCAAGGACAAACUGGAGAGGAGGCCAAUCUUGCAUUCGAUAAGUUUCCCACCACCGGCCUUGUCAAGACGUAUUGUGUUAAUAGACAAGUGGCUGACUCGGCGUGCUCGGCCACAGCGUACCUGUGUGGCGUUAAAGGUAACGCAGGAACGAUCGGCGUGAACGGAGCCGUGCCGCGCCACGAUUGCACCGCGUCUACUGACGCAGCGCGUCGAGUCCAGUCCAUAGCCGAGUGGGCGCUAGCUGACGGACGCGAUGCCGGUAUCGUGACAACCACCCGGAUCACACACGCCUCUCCUGCCGGGGUUUAUGGUAAGACCGCCAACAGAAACUGGGAGACCGACGCGGAUGUGGUCAACGCGGGGCACGACACAGAGCGUUGCCCCGAUCUCGCGCAUCAGAUGAUACACAAGCACCCGGGAAACAAGUUUAAGGUAAUCUUUGGAGGCGGCAGACGAGCAUUCUUACCAAAUACAACUCGAGACGAAGAGGGAACCCGGGGCAGAAGAACUGACGAUCGUAAUCUGAUUGAAGAGUGGCAAGCAGAUAAGGCGGCGCGUAAUGUUAGUUACAAAUACAUCUGGAAUCGAGAGGAGCUGGCUGAGUUGGCUUCGUCUCCGCCAGAGUUCCUGUUGGGGCUGUUCGAGGGGACGCACAUGCGGUAUCAUAUGGAGGCAGAUCCCUCGACCGAACCGACCCUCGCCGAGCUGACGGAGGUCGCGAUCCGCUCACUGAGUCGCAACGAACGCGGGUUUUUCUUAUUCGUCGAAGGCGGCCGCAUCGACCACGCGCACCACGACAACUUUGCGCGUCUCGCACUCGAUGAAACGAUUGAGAUGAGCAAGGCAGUAGCUCGCGCCGCUGAGCUGCUGGACGAGGAGGACUCGUUGAUAGUGGUGACUGCGGACCACGCCCAUGUCAUGUCGUUCAACGGGUACUCUCCUCGUGGCCAGGACAUACUAGGCACUAAUAACGAUCGAGACAGAAACGGAGUGCCCUACAUGACGUUGUCAUACACUAACGGACCAGGAAGACGGGUUCAGGACGCUAACAUGCGUGUCGACGUGACACAAGAAGAUAAUUUCGGUGCUCUGCGGUGGCGCUCACACGUGGACUUCCCGUUGAGUUCCGAGACGCAUGGUGGCGACGAUGUGGCGGUGUUCGCGCGCGGGCCGCACCACGCCAUAUUCACGGGGCUGUACGAGCAGAGCCACAUCCCGCACCGCAUGGCGUACGCGGCGUGCAUCGGGCCCGGCCUGCACGCCUGCAGCGCCGCGCACUCGCUGCGGGGCUCGCUGCUGGCCGCAUUAAUGCUGCUUUUUUUAAUUCUAUGGUUUUCUAAACCUUAUGACUUUGUGAUAUAAUGAUAGAUAGUUCUGAGUUCUUAUCUGAGUUUAGUGAUAUACUUAUCAAAAUUGGAAUAUUUGUAAAUUGUUUAACCAGCUAGUUUAAUAUCUCCAAUAUACUACAUGAUCAUGGUUGUAAUAACAUAUAAAUAUGUUUGUGAAAAUGUAACUAAUAUCCAUUUGCAAUUAUUUUAGAAAAAAUCAAUGAUUUCAAGCACAGUAAAAAAUUUUUUUGGAUAAAUGUUUCAAUUCCUUCUUGUACAAUUUGGAGAUCUAAUUAGACAUGUUCAAAGUAAAUACAUGUAACACAGACUUUUCGGUCUCACGAGAAUAAAAUGUUUCUUUUAUGAACUCCAUAAGUUUUGAUCAAAGUCGGUUUUUAUAUAAUCCUUACGACAUAAAUUCACCAGAUGUUUGUUAUUAGUUGUUUUUUGAGCCACUAUUUUAAGUUAUUUAUCUAUACUUAUAAU